UCUCCGUGUGCGCCCCCAAACAACAGGAAACGUGUGUCUCACUGACUUCUCUAUCAUCAUCAUCAUCAUCUUGCCUCAGAUAAGUGAAGUGACACUUUUUAAACAGACAUGGCUGCGUCCAAUUACUCCCUGAAGGUCAACCGAGAGCUGCUCGACCCAAACUUUGAGAGUUACCGGUUGUCUCUGGACGCCAUACCGACGUACAACGUUGAGCUGGACGCUGCUGUGGAGGAAGUGAAGUUGAAGGAUACUCAGUACACCCUGGAACAUAUGCGGGCUUUUGGCAUGUACAAUUACCUCCACCUAGACCCCUGGUAUGAAGACAGCGUUCUGUUUGUGGACUGCAAAGGACGGGUUCUCAGUCUCACCGUCACCCUGGACACUGCCCUGGGGAAGCCCAGAGAGGUCUACCGUAUAACUGCUGACUCCAGCCAGUGUGAGGAUCGUCUCUGUGCGUCCCUCAGCCUCACCUCAGCGACCUGGGCGGCUCUCUCUGAUGGCACCGGCCGACUGCACCUUCUCCGCACUGGCAAGAGGGGAGACAGCUCCCAAAACAAGUGGGAACCACUCUUCAGUGAAGACAUGGGAGAGCCUUUCACCAUCCUCCACAGCAUCUCACAUGUCCAGGCUGGAGUCCACACCAUGGAGGUCCUGCUGCUCCGCAUCCAAAAAGACCCGCAGGAAACCAAAGGAAGUGGAUACUCUGUGUCUCUUGAGUGGAUCACAGUUGCCAACACUGCAGGACAUGGUCAGGAGAAGAAGUAUGAGACGACGAAGAGGAGGGUCCUCAGGGGGAAGUCGGUGCCUCACUACGCAGCGGUGGAGCCGCAGGGGAAGGGGCUGAUGGUGGCCUCGGAGAAACCGUUCGUCUUCACACAUGUGGACGGUCGUCCUGUGGAGCUGCCUGACCCGGAGCCUAUGGAGGUGGAGAAGACAGAUCCCAUUUACUUCUGGCAGCAGACAGCUGAGGACAUCACAGUGUGUGUGCGCAUGCCCGAGGGUGUUACCAAAGAGGAGGUGCAGUUCAGGCUGACAGCAGACAACAUUAGACUUGGAGUUCAGGGAUUCCCUCCUUUACUGGAAGGCCAGCUAUAUGCAUCUGUAGACACUGAGGCCAGCGCUUGGAUCAUCAAAAAUGACAAAAGCCUGGAGGUGACCCUGCAGAAGCGCAGUGAGGGACCCAUGUGGUCGGAGCUGGUGAUGGGUGACAGGAGAGGGGAGUGCGUGAUGAGUGACGAGCAAGCCGCCCUCAUCCACGAGAGACUGACGUACCUCACCGCUGAAGACUUGAAUGGAAACCCUGACAAGGACAAGCCCCCUUGUAACUCUCAGGAGCUGGAGGACUGUGACGGGUUCCCAGAAGACAGCUUCAGCCUCACACACUUUGACGGCGAAUCGCUCAAGCCCACUCAGGUGGUGAAUCUGGGCAGCCACCAGUACCUGUUCACAGUUGACGUGAACCCAUGUGAUAUGCCAUGCCUCUGCCUCAGACACGAUGUGGACGCUCUGGUGUGGCAGCCUCGUCCCGACCAACCCAGUAACAUGUGGGAGCACAUUGCCACAUUCAACGCCUUGGGCUACGUCCAGGCAUCAAAACGAGAUAAAAAGUUUGCGACCUGCGCUCCGAACUUCUCCUAUGCUUCCCUGUGCGAGUGUCUCCGCCGCUCAUUCAUCUACCGGCAGCCGUCGCCGGUGGAAACCGUCCUCUUCAACAGGAAGCAGGGCCGUCAGGUAGGGCAGGUUGCCAAGCAACAGGUGGCCAGCCUGGACUCCGAUAAACCAAUCCUGGGCUUCAGGGCAACCAAUGAGAGACUGUACAUCCUGACUUCCAGUAACCUCUUUGUUCUAAAGGUCAAUAAUAAUUAGAUUUGGGAUUUGUUAGUUUUAGAUGUUCAGCUGUUUAACCCCUCAGACUGCGAUCAUUCCAAACUGAAGAUGUGUUUCCUGCUACAACCGGAAAAAACUUCAUCCAUCUGAAUUUUGUUUGUUUGAUUUUCCUUGUGUCUCCUCAAGUCUUCUGUGUUUUGUCUAUAAGAUUAUAAAGUAAGGAACCAGUUUCUGAAAGACAAAUUAUGACAAUAAACAUUAAUGAGAGCUGAACAUUUCCAGGAUAUUCAUUAAGAAUGUAAAUGAUUAAAUAAUCAGAUCACAUCUUUGAAUGCUUUGAUUCAACACACUGAAUGUUUCAUGAAUAUAAACUUCAUAUAUAUGUAGUUCUCUAUUGAUGCAAACUGCAUUAUUACAGACAUUUGUAAUUCCAUGAAUUCCAAUUCAUAAAUACAAUGGUAUACAUUUCUCCAAA